CCAAAUGCAAGACAGCAAGUGAAACGAAACGCGACUCGCUCACACAGCAGAAGUAAAAUUCGGAAAUAUCCUGUAAAACUGUGCGCUGCCACAGUUUGGCUGGCUUUCAAAGGUGCUUUUUUGUGUUUUUGGUGCAAUGUGCUGGCCGUGAUAGUCUGGUGGUAUAUCAUCUAAAAAGGAACCUUGCCGUCCCGAUCCGCCCGCCCUACCCCAGCAUCGUGCACGGUUUGAAGUGUGACGCGUGUUUACCGCUGGCCGUGUGUGCGGCUGAAGAAAAGGUGCAUCGUUGCUCGGAGUGAAGAGAAAAGUGAAGAAGAAAACAACAACAACCAAAAGAGAGAGAGAGAUCAAAAAUUCUAUAUUUAUCGAAAGUGGACACAGUCGCAAGGUUUGUGUGCGUGUGUGUGUGUUAGUACUAGUUGGUUUUUCCCCUUUUCAUGCCAGCGAUUGUGUUGUUGUGUCGUUGGCUGUGCUGCUGCUAGUGGCAACAUUAUCAUCAUAGGCGUCCUGCGAAAAACGGUGUGUGUACUCGCGCAGCGGGGCUUUCCACGCGCUGAAUCGCAGUAGGCGUGAGAGUGACAGGAGCCACACAGAACACCACAGCCCUACUACACAUUACUACUGCCUGCUGGUUUCGCGAGAGCGUGUGCGAGCGAACCGGGAAAGUCCCUCGAUUGGUCGGCAGGAUAUCCGCCGGACUGAACAGCAAAGCCGGGCAGCUGCUGCCGGGCGUGGAACAUUUCGUUGGGAAACGGAUUCGCUACCACGGAGCUGGCCGGACCGACAUCACCAUCAAGCGGUGCGCUAUAAUGAAGAGGCGCAAUGCCGACUGUGGCAAAAUACGACGGCCCAUCAAGAAGAACAAAAUUGCGGAACAGAUUGGGAGCAACACCCUGCUCUACAUCAAAUUCCUCCUAUUAUGGGCGUCCGUAAUAACAGCAGACUUUUUGCUCGAAUUCCGUUUUGAAUUCCUAUGGCCGUUCUGGUUGCUGCUUCGUUCGAUAUAUGAUUCCUACAAAUAUAAAGGAUUGGCAUUUUCGGUGCUGUUCGUCUGCAUAGCGGUGACAUCCGAUUUGGUAUGUCUAUUUUUCAUCCCCGUUCAGUGGCUAUUUUUUGCCGCCAGUACAUACGUUUGGGUCCAGUACGUCUGGCAUACAGAUAAAGGAAUCUGUUUGCCAACGAUAAUACUGUGGAUAUUGUUCGUAUAUCUGGAGGCUGCCAUACGAUGGAAGGACAGUCGCAAUAUACCGCAUCUCAAUCUUUGCCGACCGUUCGCCGCUCAUUGCAUUGGCUAUCCGGUGGUGACGCUUGGGUUCGGUUUCAAGAGUUACGUAGGCUUCCGCAUACGGCAACGCAAGCAGCGCGAGGUAGCAAAGGAUAACGACUUCUACAUGCAGCUGCUGCAGGAAGCACUGCCGAAGGAGGAAUCCAGGGCGCUAGAACCGCUGGCCGACGGGGCUACCGGGGCGGGCAGUGAGCAGUUGACUUCAACGAAGGAGCUCGUACCCGUAGCGACGUCGGGCAACAACCAUAGUCUGAACAGUAGUAGCAACAGUGUUACGAGCAACCGAAGUGAUACAGGGCAGCAUCACCACCACAAUCACCAUAAUCACAAUCAUCACCACCAUAAUCACCAACAGCAGCAGCAGCAUCAUGCAAGUCACAGUAAGAGCGCGCAGAGCUACAAAUCGUCCAGCAGUGGCUCCUCCUCGACGACGCAUGUGAAUGGGCACGUCAGCAGUGGUAGCUCGCCGUCCUCCUCGUCGACCAAUACGAUGAACGGCGGCCUAAAUCACGCUUCACACCAACAGCAAGGCUCUUCCAAGCAUCGAAAAAGUUUGGACAAGGAUAGCAGCAGCAGCAGCAGCAGCAACAGCAGCGGAAGCAAUGCGUCAUCCAAUUCAACCAGCACGUUUAAUGCUGGCAGUAAGAUGAAUGGUGGUAGCGGUGGCAGUGGAGGUAACUACUCCUAUCACCAGACCACCACAUUCCAACAGAACGGUGGUAACGCUAGCACCACCAGCAGUAGCUCCAGCGGCAGCAGUAGCGCUGGUGGUGGUAGCGCCACACACAGUACAAAAGAAAACUCGAGCACGGGAAGUCGUGGCGGCGAUCAUAAUGGUAACAUUCACUGCAACGGUGGAGCUGUGACAAAGGAUGCAAAAGAUGGAUCCGGGCAGAGUCUGGUCGCUCGUAAAGAUUACGACAAGGAGACAACGAGCAACAGUAGCAGUGCGGCCACCGGUUCGACCGGUUCGUCUUCUUCGAGCUCCGCGAAACUCUCCAAUCGUUCCAAAAGUCCAACCGAAAGCAGCACGCAUAGUGUGGCGGUGGGAAGCAGCAAAUCGAACAGUAACAAACAGAACGGCCACAUCAGUUCGCAAUACCAUCAGCCGGAGCUUGUACAGCAGGCGGCGUGUACGGAAGUAGCGACGGCUGGGUCAGAAUCGAAAGGGGGUGGUGGUCGUUCCGGGCGCAAAAAUCGGCUCAAGAAAGCUGCCGAGCAGCAGGCUCAACUGUCGGCAAUUGCUAAACUUUGUGCUACCCUGGCGCUGGCGUCCUCGGUGACCACGCUAACGACAGCGGCCGGGGCCACGUUGUCAUCCGGUGGUGGUGGCGACAAUGCAACAACCAUCACGUCAGCUUCGUACACCGGGGCUGGCAGUGUGCCGUCUGCCUCCGUUAAGGACAAUCACCAACACAAUAGCGAACAGGUGAAGGAAUCUGGCGAUGGCCGGUCUAGCAGCAGCAGUAGUGGCGCCCGAGACAGCAAAAAAGAUGCCAGCGGUAUGUCAGCAAAUGGAACAGCGAAAGCGACCCCAGCGGCGGCAGGAUCGUCGUCUGGGCAAGCUUCAUCUGCUGGAGCAGCACCGCCAGUCGCUACUACCGUGGUAGUGCAGAAGGUGUGCGAAUCGUGCCCACGGCUCGAAGGUGACCUAAAGAAGUUGCGGGCUGAACUGUCAACUCAUCGACAGACAGAGAAUGAGCUGCGUCAAAAGUAUGAUUCCAACACGGGCAACCUGAAAUCGUGUCUACAGGCUAAGCAGAAGGAAUACGACGAACUACAGACCAGAUACCAAGAGCUUAGCAGCCAGCGGCAGCAGGAACGGCAAAAUUUGCAAACCGUUGAACGACGGCUGGGUGAAGAGCGGCGCCACCGUCAAUCGCUCGAGGCUCAGCUGAACAAUGAGCGCAAGUACCGGAAGCAGGCCGAGGAGAAGGCGGCGCGCUCCGAGUGUGGCGAGUCGUGCAAGAUGAAAAAGCAACAGAUGGAAAUGGAAAUCGACAAGCUGCAGCACGAAGUGAUAAACGCGGAGGAGGGCAAGCUGAUGGCCGAAAAGCAGGCUCGCAACUAUGAGCAGGAGAUGAGAAAGUACGAGCUACAGCUGCGAAGCCGUGAAUCGCAACCCAACACAGAAGUGUUGAUCAGCGCUUUGGCCGUGAUGCGGGAAAAGAACGAAACGCUGGAGAAGAACCUGUCGGCCGAAACGAGAGUUAAGCUGGACUUAUUCUCAGCCCUGGGGGGCACCAGGCGAGAGGUGGAAAUUCUCACCUGUUCCUUGCGAUCGAAGGAAAAGGAAAUACUCGAUCUUAAUGCAAAAAUCGUGCAGCUCGUGGCGGUCAUGCCCAACGAUGCCCUCGGGCUGACCAGCCAUGGUGGGGGAGGUGGAACGGACGGGUCGUCGAUGAUGCGAUUGGCCGACGCACCACAGCUUCUGCCGCAAUCGCUGUCGAGCGGGCAUCUGAACGGGAUGGGGCCGGUUAGCGGUGGUGGAGCUGGGGGAGGUGGUGUUGGUGGAGGCACAGGCGGGGUAGGCGGUAUGCAUCAAACCAGUCAGCAGCAGCAACAGCAGCAGCAACAGCAGCAACAGCAACAACAACAGCAGCAGCAGCAGCAGCAGCAGCAGCAGCCGCAACAGAAUUCGCAGUACCAUCAGCAACAGAAACAGCAAUCGCAUCAUCAACAACAACAGCAGCAUAGACAACAUCCGCCAAACGAUCCGUUCGUUUAAUUUGCUACAACGCAUCACGCAUCGGAAACUUUCUUCACGUUCGAUUUGUUGUGUUUGGUUCGUUGGGUUAAAAUUUUCUACAUUGAACUUUUUUUUCUCUCUCUUUUAAUCUUUAAACUGUCUAGCUUCUCCUUCCCGCCGUGGUGACGAAAAUUUCGCAACACAGGGAAAGGCUUUUACUGCUUCUUCGAAUACACUGUUCAAACGUAACACGCAUGUUUCGCUGUACAGCUCCCGAAAGCUCUGAAACGGUUUUUUGAUCUCAUAAGAAUAAUCUCUCUCCCGCACCACCCCCCGUACGAGCUUGUCCAUCGUGCACUUGCGCUGUACAAAGGUUACGGUAGGGUUAAUAAUUUACCUGAAACACGCACCUUGUGGGACGUGUUUGCUUUUUUAUUUUAAUUAUUUUGCACAAAGUUCCUACAUUUUUCUUUCUUCGAACAUAAUCUGUUAAUUGACUGGUCGGUUCGGCCAUAAUUUGUGCUGAUCUUCUGAAUAUGACUCUCUCUGUGUAUUUUCCUCCAUUUAAUGCAAUUUAUUCUAGGCUAUCGCUUAGUGUUUCAAAGGAAUUUUAGCUGAUUUGGCAUCGUACUUAGGACUGUACUUUGAUGUGAUCCAAACAUCCUAAACUCAAAAGGAUUCCCGCUAAUUUCAUUACAGUGAUUUUUGUUUUCCUUGUUUUUGGACAUACUCCAUUCACGGGAAAAGGAGAAUAGAGUGUCAAAUGCUAGUUCCUUCCAUUACUCUACGUUGAGCUGCUUGUCGAGCAUUACUUUUCCUCUUCCUCUAAGUUGUCCCUAAUUUGGCUGCAGAGAGCGCAAAGGCGAGACAGCAACAUAUGGUUUGUGCGCGCCCAUUGCGGAUGUCUAUACGCACUGAUGUUCAGCUGCGUUGCCCUUCCCUGUGGGUCCCUUUCUACCUUAAAAGCCACCAUGCUUGGCCAGAGCGGUUUUGUAAAAUGAAAAAAUGCAAACAAGAAAAUGAUAUGUAUCGUGUGCCGGGAAGGAGGAAUUUGCAGACAUAAUGUUGUGAUAUUCAUAUUACUUAAAUAUAUAUACACGUACAAUAUAUAUUCUUACAAUUAAUAUUAAAUAUAUAUUUUUACAAUUAAUCGUAACUAUAGAUUAUUUAUCAUGUACACACAUACAUACACACACAAACGUUGUAAAACAAAACAACAACAACAAAAAACACUCAAAAGCGGUUUAGUGGAAAAACAACUAUUUAAACAAAAAAAAUGAUCCCGUAACCCGUUUUAACACAAAAUUCAAUCCUAAAAAAGGCAGAUGCCUUUUGAAAGCAUGCCUUUCUUUUUGGUGAAAUUUCGAGUGAUAGUUCGGAAUGAAGUUUUUUUGGCAUUCAAAAUUUUUGUCUUCUUCAAAUUAUGACUCUCGCUCCAAAAAAACCUGCCGAUAGUAAACUGCCGCAAGUACUGAUACUUUCAAUGCUGUUUAGUUAAGUUUCGCAUCCUAAAUAGUUAGACUCUGAGUGUGUGUGUGUAUUUUUUUAGUUAGUUAGUAACAUUCAUCGAAAGCGUCGCACGAAAGUAGUUUGAUUUUGAGCCGAUUCCUGCUGCUUUGAGAGUUUCGUUUUUGGUUUUUCGAUUAGAAAAAGGCACACGUUGUAAGUUGCGUUUUUUUUUGUUAUCUUUACAACACAAAAUACGAUUGCGCUAAUAAACAAACGUCGAUACAUUGGCCAUUGCUGCUGGCAGAAGUAAAAUAAUGAAUUGAAUUGGAAAAGCUAUGCUUUUCCGAUGUAUGCACCACCACCACCAUACGCCCCGCUCAUUCUUGGAUGGUGGGGUGACGGGCUCAACCGCACACGAAACAACACAAACUCCUUACACAAGCUAAUCGCAAACAACUAAGGAAAAAACAACAACAGAAAACACAGAAAACAAAGCUGUAUAAUUUAUCGUAGAACAUCAUCCGAAGAAAAGGUGCGCGCAAAUUUUGGCGAAAGUGGGACGGACAGAAGCAAGUGUACGAAAAAACGACAACAAAACAGCUGAGGGAAGAAAAAUAAACCUGAAAAGGCAAAAAGAACUCGCGCAAUGAUGCAUGUAUUAUAGAGGGAGAGGAAAAUCGAUAAAAGAUAAAGUAAACGGAAGAAGAGGAUGAAAACUGCGCGGGAGGGACAAUUAGUAAACGAUAAGGUACGUACUACA